CCGGUCCAGCGUGCACGGAGUGCUUCAUUUAGUGAAGUCAAACAGACCGAAGAAUGGGACAGAAAACUGUUGAGUGAAUCCGCCAUCAGCGCCGCCUCACUCGGGCCCAUUUUCCCUCUUUCUGAUAUUAUUGUGAAGAAAACAUGGAGCCGAUAACGAAGUGGACGCCAAAGCAAGUUGUCGACUGGAUGAAAGGUUUAGAUGACAGCUUGCAGCAGUACGUUAGCAACUUUGAGCGGGAAAAGAUCAGUGGGGAGCAGCUGCUGAAGAUCACUCAUCAGGACCUGGAGGAGCUCGGCGUAGCCAGGAUCGGACACCAGGAGCUGGUGCUGGAGGCUGUCGACCUGCUGUGCGCUCUGAACUACGGAGUGGAGACGGACAACUUGAAGAACCUGGUGGUGAGGAUGAGAGCCGCUACCAACAGUCUGCACAUGGCCACGGCCGACCGCAGGAAGAGCCCCGCGUACGAUGGGAGCACCUCACGCAAGCCGGCCAACGACUUUCUGACCUCUGUGGUGGAGCUGAUCGGCGCAGCGAAGAGCCUCCUGGCUUGGCUCGACAGGACGCCUCUUACAGGGAUCAGCGACUUCACAGCCACCAAGAACAAGAUCAUUCAGCUGUGCCUGGAGCUCACCACCACAGUUCAGCAGGACUGCAGCGUUUAUGAGAUGGAAGAAAGGAUCCUGGAAGUUUCCAAGAUUUUGAACACCAUCUGCGAUCAGACCGUGAGAACCACCUCUGACCCCCUGAUGAGCCAGUCGGCGUGUUUGGAGGAAGUCCAGCUGACCAACAUCAAUCCGGGCGAGGGUCUGGGAAUGUACAUCAAGUCGACCUACGAUGGGUUACAUGUCAUCACCGGAACCACAGAACAUUCAGCUGCAGACCUGACGAGGAAGAUCCACGCUGGGGACGAGGUGAUCCAGGUUAACCAUCAGACAGUGGUGGGCUGGCAGCUGAAAAACCUGGUUUUUAAACUGAGGGAGGACCCCAAAGGUGUGGUUCUACUGCUUAAGAAGAGGCCCACAGGCACAACAGGUUUCACCCCCGCCCCACUGAAGAACAUGCGCUGGAAGCCCCCGGUACCUCAGAAUAACUCGUCCCUGGUCAGAUCCCAGUCUCCCUCCGGUUUGGCUAAUGGAUCAACCAAAAAGGAGAAGUCGGCUAUCCUGGACUUGUACAUCCCGCCUCCUCCUCCGGUGCCGUACACCCCACGAGAGGCGAGAACAGACUCCUUCUCCAGCAUCAGUAAAAGACCAAAGGGCUCUGAGUCACCCAACUCCUUCCUGGACAUGGAGAGCAGAAGACGCUGCACCAUCGCAGAGUACGACAAGCCAAACGGCGGCUGUCCCAUCGAAGCGAAGGUGGUCCAGCCCAGAAUGAGGGAGCAUAAGCCCUCCCGUGGUAAGCCCCGGCCGCUGUCCAUGCCAGCAGAUACCUGUGUUGGAGUGGUUGAUCCUUACGCAAAGCCCUGGGCUCAGGGCAGGAAAGGUGAGGACCUCCUGUACAGAUACCUGAGUAACGAGAGGAUCCCCACCAUCGCCGAGGAGGUCCCCUCGGCGUCUCCUCCCUACAGGCCCGCAGGGGAACGCCACCUCAUCCGAGUGGACCACAUCCGGGGCAGCCGCUACUACUCCAGCUCAGACCUCCACAACAGUGCCACCAUCCCCUACCAGGAAGACAUGAAAAAGGCUGCCGCGGCUCCCGUCUCCAAGCGCACAACGGCAGAACGCUCCCUACUGGUCAGUUGGAUCACGCGGCUUAAGCUAUUGACUCACUGAUGAUGUGCUUCCUGUCCGGGGCUUCCUGUUCCUGUCUUGUCUUCCUCAGUGCCUUUGAUAUUUAACGUCCUCGGGCUUUCUCACACUCCUCUCUCCCAUCCCCCCCCUCCCCCCGGUGUUACUACUACUACCAACUACAACUGCUGCUCCUCAACCGAACUUGCUUUUGUAGUCCUCACUACAUUAAGUCAUCGCUCCUUUAACACUGCCCACAGCCCUCAUCUCUGACACGAGCCUCAGGAGGACACAGUUUAGGCCUCGUUUGCUGUGUAUGGAUCUCUGUACAUAUCAUGUCAUGUUCUUCAGUUUGGUUAUUUAAUACACUGAAGCUCUCAAAAACUUGCCUGGUAUCAGUUCAGUUCUGUGUUUUUUGCUUUUCUUUUGCAUAAAUAAGUUAUAAAAACAAAGUUAGACAAACAGCUUUUCUUUUCAUGUGUGAUCGCUUACAUUAACUUCUGCCAAUGGUUGCCUCUUGUAAAGCUAUGCAUAAGAUUUUUACAGUCACUUUAGUGGAAAAUGCUGCAUCGGUUGUUAAAGGUGGUUUUUUUUCUCGUCACUGGCAAACACUUGUGCAUGAUUUGAGGCUAUGCACUGAACUCAGUAAACCUUUGUAACCUGUGUGUCAGUUACUCUGCGUCUGCGGGGCCUGCACGUGCAGCUGGGUCACAGUAAACUGCUCCUUUAAGCCAGCAUUUUGAACCAAUACUGUGGGGCGCAGAGGUCACAUGACCGUUUAUGAGCUCACGCUGUUGAGAAACCACAGAUCACAAAAGACAGAAUGACAGUAUUAUUUAAGAAGCUGCAGGGAAUGAGUGUCUGUUGCUUUUUUCUGCCUU